GGUAUUUGCUAUGGACUGGCAAGGUACAACAUGUUUCUUGAAGAGGUGGGGAUGAGCAUGGCUACCAGUGCUGUCUCAAGGAGAAGAAGUAGCAUCGACUGGGACCUGCACAUGAGAGGGAUUGUCCCUCGUCAGGUUUUACAGAACAAACAAUGACGACGCGUUUAGACAAAUUCGAGGAGCCCUUAAAAACAGACCUUGAGGAGUUGUUGAAUCGAUUUCAACGGACAGACUCUGUAAGAUACGAGGACUUCUCAGCCAUUUGGAGAGACAUGAACUUCGGUGGAAUAUUUCUUGGAAUCAAGAAUCUGAAAGAGAAGAAUGAAUUCAGCCGCAUGGCAUUGACUGCGGCUACCGCUUACCUCUUACCGCCCUACGCCUUUCAAGUCCGAGUUGGCGGAGUUUAUAUUCUCUACGGUCUUUAUCAUUCACAGAGCAGCUUCCCAAAGCAGAAGAUCCGUCUGGCCUUGAAAGACUGGGAGGAUGUCCAAGCAUUCACUCAAGACGCCAUGGGCUCUCAGCACUAUGAUGUGGUGUACAUCUUGCACAAACUGCUGGGCGCAAAAGCCUUUCACUUCACCGCCAUGCCUGUUCCGCUGGUAUUUGUAAAAGAUAAGAAGCAACGUGGGACGACGAACGCUGAGGUUGCCGCUAAACCAGCAUCUCGACCUCAGAAGCUUGUCACAACGCAAAUGUUGGAGGAGGUGGCUAACAUUCACCAGCACUACAAGCAGCUGAAGGAAUCGGUGGUUGUCCAAAACCCAGAAUCCAAUCUCAACCUGCUCCGCCAGAACCUGGUUCCAAAACUGUUCAAUUCCGUGAUGUCCUACAGCACGUGGCAGAAGAUUCACAUGGACGGUAGAAAAGAGGCCAGUGAACUGAACCUUGAAGAGCCCUCCACAAGUUCCAGCAGCUUUGACCCGCGUCAGGAGAGCUCCAGGAGAGCAAACCUCCUCGCCGCCAUCAAGGCGCGCUCGUACGGCCAGGUGGUGGAGGCGGCCAAGUCUCGGCGCCACAGACAGGCGGAGCUGAGCUCGGCAGCGGAGGCGGGCCCACGCGAAGAGCGGGGGUUUGGACAGGAGCCGGGCGCCAAGCCUGUGCCCGUUCCGCGGCGUAGACAGCGAUUCACCAACUCGCUGAGAUACCGCACUCUACGACGUCUCUACGAAAAUGGAGGCAUCCCAGAGGAGUUCCUCAAGUGCACCAAGCUGUGGAAACUGAGCAAGGCUGACGGCGACGAGACAACCGAGAGGGUCGCGAAGCGCUUCACCUGGUGAUGCGACCAUGAAAUAUGCUGAUUGUCUGACCUGGACCAGCUGCGCUACUUGGACCUUGGAUGCCUGUCUUUUUUAGGCACACACUAUGACACAAUAAUGAUGGCUGGUCCUUUAUCAGAUCCUAUGUUGUGGGUGUUGGGCGUGAUGGACAGUGGUUCACCCCCACAUAAACAUUUGCAAGUUCUGUAAGUUCUUUGCUGCCAUGGUCAUUGCUGAGAGGAUAGAUUGUUAUGGCCAGAAGGAUGGGUGUUUGUGUCUAGUUGUUGGUUAACAUAAUGGAAGAGCAUGCAUGCUCUCUAGCAUAGCCAACUGUUGACCGUUUUCGUUGCAGUUUUAAAUAAGUUCUACUCAAGUUUAAGAUAUACCAAGGUCAACUUUAAAGCAUUGAUGCUGGCAAAUGAGUGUUAACCAUCCAGUGUUAACAAGAGAUGUAUGUGUGAGUUGCCAUUUGACAGCCAAAAUAAUAUGUUUAUGCUGCAUAUGCUGCACACGUAGCUUUGAGUAUGUGGUGUCAUGUCAUACAAAUGUGCAAUAAAUGUUAAAUGUUAUUUUUUUAC